AUGUUAACAACGGCUAAAGCGAAAACAAUUAGUGAGAGGUUAGUAGUGAUCGACACACUCGAGCGUUUGGGAGUUGGAUACCAUUUUGAUCGAGAGAUUGAGGAGCAGCUUCAAGAUAUCAUGACCCGGUUUGAGUCUGAAGCUCAAGGCUACGAUUUGUUCACUACUGCACUUGGAUUCCGUAUACUGAGGCAGCAUCACCAUUAUGUCUCUCAUU